AUGGAAUCCCUCACUGAACAAAUAUGGGAUGUGAUAAUUGCUGGCACGAGUCUAUCACAAUCUUUACUAGCACUAGCGCUAUCAAAAUGCGACCUGAAAGUGUUGCACGUUGACCAAAAUGACUACUACGGUGGCGUGGAUGCUGGUCUGAGUUUGGACGAGGCACAAAGAUGGGUUGAACGUCAAACGACUCGAACAGAUCAGACGCAGGCUUUAUCAUUCAGCAUCGUCAAAGCUGAGGACUCCUCCGCACUUCAACAAUCCCGGGCAUACACGAUCAGUCUGGAACCCCAGAUCAUCUAUGCCAAAUCUAGGAUCCUUCCAACACUUGUCUCAUCCCAACUACACACGCAACUCGAGUUUCAAGCUGUUGGCUCAUUCUUCGUGUAUGCAAACGACGAGCUGCAGAAGAUACCGAGCAACAGAGAAGAUGUUUUUGCAGAUGAUGUGUUAUCAGUCAGAGACAAGAGAAGGUUGAUGGGUCUACUGCGUUAUGUCGUCGAAGAACAAGAUCAGGAUGAGGGUGUGAGCAUGCAAGAUCAGCCGAGCACUCUCCAAGCCAGGUUGCAAAGUCAAUUCAAGCUACCUGAUCACCUCAUUGCACCAGUCCAAGCAUUGAGUCUGAGCACUAGGGCAUCAAACGAUACUGCUUUUGAUGUCGCUAUGGCUAGACUGAAGCGACACUUGACGUCGAUGGGCUACUUUGGUCCAGGUCUUGCAGCAGUCAUGGCCAAGUAUGGCGGUAACUCAGAGAUCGCUCAGGUCGCUUGCAGAGCCGGUGCUGUAGGCGGCUUUGUCUAUCUGCUUGGUCAUGGCAUCAAGUCAGUCGUACCCCUCCACGAAGAUUCGUCGUUUGAGGUUGAGCUUUCCGAUGGUACGAAAGUCAGAUCCAAGCACCUUGUCGGCAUGACGGAUGACCUACCUGUCGAGAUUCUCUCAAACCCAAAUUCAGGGCAACCACGACGCGACGAUCAGACAGUGGCACACAGUAUCAGCGUUGUUUCGUCACCACUAAAACCCCUCUUCGCCUUAGCUUCAGACAGCAGCAACGUGCCAGCUGUAGCCAUCAUACUCGUCGAUGAUGGCGACCUAACCCAAUCACCAAUCUAUUUACAAGCACAUUCAGAGGAAACAGGCGAAUGCCCGUUCGAUCAAAGUAUCAUUCACGCUUCGACCUUGCACCAAGGCGGAUCAAGUCAACCGCGCCUAGAGACGGCUGUCAAGAAGAUCAUUAGCACCGCCAACAGCAAUGAAAACGCAACGAUUUUAUGGCAGAUGAACUACGUUCGACAGGAAGCCAAAAGCCGUGACGUCUCCAAUUCCACAACAUUAGGCGACAGUGACUCCAACAUUAUCAUCUUCCCAGAAAGACCUCACGAUCUCACGCUCGAAGACACCAUUCUAGACGACGUCAAGUCAGCUUGGGAGAAAAUCCUUGGGAGUCGCAGCACCGAGUAUGAUUUUCUGCGCUUCGAGGAGCGGAGAGAUACGGAAGAGGAAGAUUAG